AUGGGCAUUAUUAGCAGUGUGGUGACACAGUUCUGUACCAUGCAAUACCUACAAGACAGCAGUGAUUUUAUUACCAUCUGGUACAACGUAGUCCUGGGUGCCAUUUCAGUAUUCUUUAUCACAUUUGGCUACCACUUUCUAUUUGUGAAAUCUCCAAAUAACAACAUUGGCUCGCACGACAGAGGGAUGGGACUUGUUGUGGGCAUCAUUACCAUACUGGUUGUUGGUCUUGAAAUUGUGCUAAUCGUCAUGGUAUUCAAGCGUGAAAACCUCAGCCCCGGUGUUGCUAUAUAUCUACCUGUUUUUGCAUGCGAAAAAAUCGUUCAAGUUGUGCUAUAUAUUGCCAUCCGUAGAUGCAAGCCUGAUCCCAGCUACAGAAGAGGGGCAGUGUUCUAUUUUAACUUUUUAUCAUUUUUAAACUUUACCCUCUGGUUACACAGCAUUCCGUUCACAGAUAUACCCAUAUACGAUGAAGUGUCACAUAAUUAUUAUCUACAAUAUGUUGACCAAACAUUUAAGGCGUUACUUAUCGAUUACAGACUGUUGUGUGCUUUCCUGUUCUUGGAGCAUGCAUUAGCAAUUGAUGACGACGGGCAUGAACAUGUUAACAAUGAAGUCGACAGUGGAUUUCAAAUGCCAAGGAAACGUUACUUUUACACAGCUAUUGGUCUCAGCAUUGGGCUAUUCUUUUUGGCACUGGAGAUCAUAAAUGCUGCUCAAUUCUGGCACAAAAGUCUUCCGGACGUUGUUAAUCUUUUCCCAGUUCUAGUUGAUACAGGUCUUGUUGUUUUGGGAUACUUGUUACUACGAAAUGUUAAUAUUUCUGUUUUACAUGAUGAAAAAGUCAGUCUUGUCUUGCUUAUGGUUACAUCAAUGGGUGUUGCAAGUAUUGUAUACUUGUUUUGCUUUGGUUUAUUGGCGUUAUCUUCAUUCGAAUAUGAUCACUCUGUUUCGUAUAUGAGAUGGUCGGCAUGUGUGUUUUUUGCAAGGGCAUCUAGCUUGCUGGUCUUGUUGGUUGUGUAUACAGGAAUCCCUGUAAGUACUUUUGAAUUGCGACAGAACUUUAAUACCAAAAACUAUCUUUUUGUCUCUGCUCUGUGUUGUGGGUUGUUUGCAAGAUUUAUUGGGAGUAUCCUUGAUGAAUUUAAAGGUACAAUGCAUGAAGUAGCAGUGGAACAUCUUGAUUCAAAGAACUUUCGGACUCUGCGAGAUUUGUUUGAAAUCGGGCCAUUAUUCCAGCUUGCGACCUCUUUGCAUUUAGCACUUCAUUUCCUGCUAAUGCUUUGGCGCCUUCGUGAGCGACCUAACAAACAAGCUCGUAUAGAUGGGCAUGGUGAACCUAUUAGAGGCGAUUAUGUUGAACCUAUUAGAGGUAAUUAUGGUACACAGUCAGCAAAUGGUGUUGCCAGGCAACCGGAUGGUGAUGUUGAUGUACAUUUUAGAUCGUCGUCUGGUGUACAACAAUUUGAACGUGAUGAUGAUGAACGUACAAGAUUGUUACCGCCAUAUCAACGAUGUUAAUUCUGUGAACUGUGUUCAUGACUUAAGAUGUUGCAAACAUUGUUUUAAAUACAGCAUCACGAAGGCAAGAGACGUAAUGUUGUAAGAAACAGGAUUAUAACAACUGUAUAUAUUGUUUAUUUUUUGUUGAUUUCUGACUAUCUGUUGACUUUUGUGUCUGUUGAUUGACAUAUGUAUACAGUGUAUAAUAUACCGACGACGCUAUCUCCAAUCCAAAGUCUAAGGGCUGUCCAUAUGAGGCGGUCCAGCUGGACAAGCCGGGAUGAAUCUUGUCACGAAAAUGUUUUCCUGACCGAAAAGCACGUUUGAAUGAACUUUAUACUGUUACUAGAAUCAAACUAAACUAAUUCAACUUUGAAAUGUCAUUCUGGAUGUUUAUCAAAGUACAAAUCAUCCCGGUUAUCCAGAGCAGCCCGGAUUCAUACCAACAGCCCCUAAAGCCAGUUUUCCAUUCUGCUUCGCACGCAAAAUUCCGCCUAAUGGAAAACCGGAUAACGGGCUAGCUCGACUAGUAUUCGGGGAGUGUAGCUAGCUAUCAUCUAAACCUGGAGUAAAUGGUUAUCAACUCCAAAAAUAGUCUAAAAAUAAGACUAAAAUAGCUGUUGUGCCAAAUGCAAAAGAUUUCUGAGCUCUGAGUAAUUAUGCAUCAGUUGGAGUUUGGUUUCAAUAUCCAUUCUCGUCCCCAGGCUAUACUAGUUUUGGUUCGCAACAGAUAUACUUCUAUUCUUAAAAGGAACAUAUAGUAUCCGCACUAUGUCCAUGUAAUACAAGAGGAAAAAUGAACUGAACAUUUUUUAUAGUUAUAGAUAAAUUUUUUUUUAACAUAAUUAUUCAACAUUAUUUGUAGUAUUUUUUAUUGUACUAGAUAGUAUAAAUCUUUUUAAUUAAUGACAAAUGUAUGAUAACGUAAUUCAGCUUGC